CAAUUAAUUUCAGCUUUUUUUAUUUCUGUACUUUAAGCAACUUUCUGAAAUUCAUUUUUAUCUUCAUGCAAUCCAACGCAUUUCCAGCAGUAAAAUGCAUGUUCUCGUUUAGUUAGUUUUCUAGUUUUCUUUGGCACCAGUUCACGCUGAGCGCUGACGUCGUCGGGUCAAUGUUCACUUUAAGACGACAUGGGGGCGCCUCCCCUCGCGCCACUCCGCACACAAACAAGUCUCCCUCUUCUCCUCCUCCUCCUCCUCCUUCUUCUUCUUCUUCUUCUUCUCCUGGUUGGAGUCUGAAAGCCUCCUGCUCCUCACACAGCUGAGAGAUGACUCGUCGCGUGGCAGUGGUCGGGGGGGGGAGCUCAGGUCUGGCCUGCAUCAAGUGCUGUCUGGAUGAGGGGCUGCAGCCCGUCUGCUUCGAGAGCAGUGACGACAUCGGGGGUCUGUGGAGGUUCAAAGAGAAUCCAGAGGCCGACAGAGCCAGCAUCUACCACUCCGUCAUCAUCAACACCUCCAAGGAGAUGAUGUGUUUCAGCGACUUCCCCAUCCCGGCACACUACCCCAACUACAUGCACAACUCCCUCAUCAUGGACUACUUCCGGAUCUACGCGGACCACUUCCAGCUGUCUGAGCACAUCCGCUUCAACACCAAGGUCCUACAGGUGAAGCAGAGAUCGGACUUCUUUCGUUCGGGCCAGUGGGACGUCGAGACGGAGAACAAGGACGGCCAGCAGGAGAAACACAUUUUUGACGCUGUGAUGAUCUGCGUCGGACAUCACUGCCACCCCCACCUGCCGCUGCACGACUUCCCAGGAAUCGACUCCUUCAAGGGAAAGUUCUUCCACAGCCGGGACUACAAGACCCCCGAGCAGUGGAGGAACAAAAAGGUGGUGGUGGUUGGAAUAGGAAACUCUGGAGGAGACAUCGCAGUGGAACUCAGCCGAGUCACCAAGCAGCUGUACCUGAGCACUCGGAGAGGAGCCUGGAUCCUGAACCGAGUAGGAGACUCGGGGCUUCCUCUGGAUAUGCAGUUUACCCGGCUGUUGAACUAUGUGAGGAACCUCGUUCCGAUGAGCCUGUUCAGCGGCCUGGUGGAGAAACAGCUCAACAAGCGGUUCGAUCACGCUCUGUACAACCUGAAGCCCAAACACAGGUUGUUCAGCCAACACCCCACCGUGAACGACGAGUUCCCCAACCGCAUCCUGUCGGGAACGGUCCAGGUGAAGCCCAACAUCCGCAGGUUCCUGGGCUCCAGGGUGGAGUUUGAUGAUGGUAGCGUGGUGGAGGAUGUAGACCUGGUGGUGUUUGCCACAGGUUACAGGUUCUCCUUUCCCUUCCUGGCCUCACAUGUGGUCUCUGUGUCGGAGAACAACGCCACUCUGUACAAGUACGUGUUUCCUCCUGAGUUGGAACGCCCCACGCUGGCUGUCAUCGGCCUGGUGCAGCCACUGGGAGCCGUCAUGCCCAUCGCUGAGAUGCAGGCCAGGUGGGCCACGCGCGUCUUUAAAGGCUGCAUCAAGCUUCCCCCGGUGGCUUCCAUGCUGCAGGACGUCCGGUGCAAGCAGGAGGCCAUGGCUGAGAGGUACGUCUCCAGUCAGAGACACACCAUCCAGGUGGACUACAUCACCUACAUGGAUGAGAUAGCAGAGCUGGUGGGGGCUCGACCCAGCCUCCUGAGGCUGCUGCUGACCGACCCCCGGCUGGGACUGAACGUGUUGCUCGGCCCCUGCUCGCCGUACCAGUACCGCCUCAGGGGGCCGGGGAAGUGGCCCGGAGCCCGUCAGGCCAUCCUCACUCAGUGGGAACGUGUGGCCCGACCCAUGCAGACCAGACCCUGCGAUGACCCCAAGCCCAGGAGGUCCUUGAUGGGGCCUCUGAUUCUGGCAGCUGCCUGUGUGUGCGUGGCCUCCUACGUGAACCGGAACAAGCUGCCUGCUUUCCUGCAGGAUCCCACUGUCCUGUUUGAGCAGAUCAAAGCUGUGUGGGUCGUUUAAUCAAUUCCUAAACAUGCAGCUCAGCCACCUCAUUAUUGUCAUAAUCCUCAUCAUUAUUGUCAUAAUCAAAGUAUAUUUUCUAUUUCUAUAUUUUCUAUACCUUCUCCCUCCUUGAUUCCACAUAUACAGAUGUUGUGUAUGUGUCUGAUCCAUAACCGAGAUGUAUCACUGUUAAAUUCUGUUUGAAUAAAUAAAGACAUUUUAAAUUGAA